ACCCUUGCUUGCCGUAGCGGCGUGACGCGCAGGGGGCGUGGGUGCGCUAGAAGGAGGAAGGAUCAGUGCAGCUGACGGCCCAUGGAGUGAACGCAGACACAGCAACACAGCAGGCAUCGCGUCUGCAAAACGGACCCUUGUCACGCAGAAACUAUUAACAGAAACAGAAAAAGUCCGUUUGCACGACGCGAAAACAACAUAAAGACGCACCGAUGUGGAUCACCCCGGAGGAGGUGCUGCUCGCCAACGCUCUUUGGGUGAGCGAAAGGGCGAAUCCCUUUUUCAUUCUCCAGCGAAGAAAGGGACACGGCAAAGGAGGGGGGAUCACCGGGCUGUUGGUGGGAACCCUGGACGUAGUCUUGGACUCCAGCGCUAGAGUUGCCCCCUACAGGAUCCUGCACCAGACGGGGGAAUCGCAGAUCUACUGGAGCAUCGCGUGUGGCUCCUCCCGUAAGGAGAUCACAGAACACUGGGAGUGGCUGGAGACCAACCUCCUGCAGACUCUCUCCAUCUUUGACAAUGAGGAGGACAUCACCACCUUCGUCAAGGGCAAGAUCCAGGGGAUCAUUGCAGAGGAGAACAAGAGUAAGCAGCAGGCGGAGGAUGAGGAUUCUGGGAAGUUCCGAGAGGCGGAGCUGAAGAUGCGGAAGCUGUUUGGCAUGCCAGACGAGGAGAAGCUGGUCAACUACUACUCCUGCAGCUACUGGAAGGGCCGGGUGCCACGCCAGGGCUGGGUCUACCUGACUGUCAAUCACCUCUGCUUCUACUCCUUCCUGCUGGGCAAGGAAGUGACUCUGGUGGUCCAGUGGACGGAUGUGACGCAGCUGGAGAAGAACGCAACGCUGCUGUUCCCGGAGAGCAUUCGGGUCAGCACGCGUGACACCGAGCACUUCUUCUCCAUGUUCCUCAACAUCAACGACACCUUCAAGCUGAUGGAGCAGCUGGCCAACAUCGCCAUGCGGCAGCUGCUGGACAACGAGGGCUUCGCAGCCGACCGCUCACUGCCCAAACCCUGCAAGACCCUCAAGAACGUGUCCGCCCUAAAGAGGGACCUGGAUGCGCGGGCGAAGAACGAGCGAUACCGCGCCAUGUUCCGGCUCACGCAGGACGAGCGUCUGGAUGGGCACACCGACUGCACCCUCUGGACCCCCUUCGCCAAGAUGCACGUCGUCGGACAAAUGUUUGUGUCCAACAACUACAUCUGCUUCGCCAGCCGAGAGGAGGACCUGUGUCAGCUGAUCAUCCCUCUGAGAGAGGUGUCCAUUGUGGAGAAAGCAGACAGCAGCAGUGUCCUGCCCAGUCCACUGUCCAUCAGCACCAAGAACAAGAUGACCUUCCUGUUCGCCAACCUCAAAGACCGGGACUUCCUGGUGCAGCGUAUCUCAGACUUCCUGCAGCGUACCCCCGACAGGCUGUGGAGUGAGGGCAAGGAGCCAAGUGAGUCUCCGAGCCCCACAGCGCCCUUCCCCUCCAGCCCCCCCACCUCAGGAGGGACCCCCCCUGGCCGGUACUACAGCCCCAGCCUGCCCACGGCCAAACAGGGCCUCCUCAGCAUCUUCCACAAAGACGCACCCGAGGACCUGGGCCCGAAAGCUACAAAGGAGAAGAUGAAGGAGGAGUCAUGGAAUAUCCACUUCUUUGAGUUUGGGCGGGGCGUGUGCAUGUACCGCACCUCCAAGACCCGGGAGCUGGUGCUCAACGGCAUUCCAGAGAAACUGCGGGGGGAGCUCUGGCUGCUCUUCUCAGGGGCCCAGAACGAGAUGGCGACCCACCCUGGCUACUACGCGGAGCUGGUGGAGCAGGCCAUGGGCCGCUGCACGCUGGCCACGGAGGAGAUCGAGAGAGACCUGCACCGCUCCAUGCCUGAGCACCACGCCUUCCAGAACGAGAUGGGCAUCGCCGCGCUACGCCGAGUGCUCACCGCCUACGCCUUCCGCAACCCCAGCAUCGGGUACUGCCAGGCGAUGAACAUCGUGACCUCGGUGCUGUUGCUGUACUGUACAGAGGAGCAGGCCUUCUGGCUGCUAGUGGCUCUAUGUGAGAGGAUGCUGCCCGACUACUACAACACCAGGGUGGUGGGUGCGCUGGUGGAUCAGGGCGUGUUUGAGGAGCUGACGCGGGAGUGUCUCCCCCUGCUGUAUGAGCGCAUGCAGGAGCUGGGUGUGAUCUCUACCAUCUCGCUGUCCUGGUUCCUCACGCUCUUCCUCAGCGUCAUGCCCUUUGACAGCGCCGUGCUGCUGGUCGACUGCUUCUUCUAUGAGGGCAUCAAGGUCAUUUUCCAGGUGUCCCUGGCCGUCCUGCACGCCAACAUGGAGCAGCUGCUGGCCUGCAGCGACGAGGGCGAAGCCAUGACCAUCCUGGGCAGGUACCUGGACAACGUUGUGAACAAGCAGACGGUGUCUCCACCCAUCCCCCACCUCCAUGCCCUGCUGACCAGCGGGGACGAGCCCCCACCUGAGAUCGAUGUGUUCGAGCUCAUCAAGGCUUCCUACGAGAAGUUCGGCAGUCUGCGAGCAGACGUCAUCGAGCAGAUGAGGUUCAAACAGAGGUUAAAGGUCAUCCAGUCACUGGAGGACACCGCAAAGAGGAGUGUGGUUAGGGCUAUCAUGACAGACUCUGCCUUCAGCAUCGAGGAGCUGGAGGAGCUGUAUGUUCUGUUUAAGGCAAAACACAUCCUGAGCUGUUACUGGGGAGCGAGCAGCACAGCUGCGGAGCGGCACGAUCCCAGCCUGCCGUACCUGGAGCAGUACCGCAUCGACAUGGGCCAGUUCAGCCAGCUGUUCGGGGCGCUGGCCCCCUGGGGCUGUGGCCUGCACACCCCCACCCUCGCCGCCCGCCUCUUCCGCCUGCUGGACCACAACAAGGACGGCCUCAUCAACUUCAAAGAGUUCGUCACGGGACUGAGUGGAAUGUACCAUGGAGAUAUGACCGAGAAACUGAAGCUCCUGUACAAGCUGCACCUGCCUCCAGCUCUGUGUCCAGAGGAGGCGGAGUCAGCGCUGGAGGCCACACAGUUUUUCACUGAUGAUGCUACUCCACAGGAUUCUCCCUUCCUGUCUGAUGUGGACUUCCUGCUGCAGGAAGUGGCCGCAGGAGAGGAGGUAAAAACAGCAGAGCCAGGAGACCCAUCAGGCAAUGGGAACCUGGAGGACAAGAAAGAGGAAAAGGUGAAGGACUACAAGUAUUAUCUGAGGAUGUGGGCCAAGGAGAAGGAACCUAAGAGAGAGACAAUCAAAGAUCUACCAAGGAUGAACCAGGAGCAGUUUAUCGAGCUGUGCAAAACGCUGUACAACAUGUUCAGCGAGGACCCCUCGGAGCAGGAGCUGUACCACGCCAUCGCCACGGUGGCCAGUCUGCUCCUGCGCAUCGGGGAGGUCGGCAAGAAGUUCGCCAACAACGGCGCCAAGAGGUCCGACGUCCAGGCCGCCACCAGCCCGGUCCCGGAGCCGCCUCAGCCCGAGAAGGAGGACCCGGCUGAGGAAGCCAGCCCAGGACAGGCCCAGGUCUGCAAGGCCUUGGAGGAGGCCCAGCUGGACGUACCCCUCCCCCCCGCCUCUGACGAGGAGGCCAAGGACGACACCUCCGUCUCCUCCUACUCCAUGGUGAGCGCCGGCUCCCUGCAGUGCGAGGACAUCGCCGACGACACCGUGCUAAUUGGCUGCGGGGACCAGCGGCGGGGCAGCGCGCUGGAUGGGGAUUGGUCCAUCACCUUCGAGCAGGUGCUGGCCUCGCUGCUGACGGAGCCCCCCCUGGUGGACUACUUUGAGAAGAAGCAGGACAUUCGCGGCAGGAUGGCGGCCUGCAAGGCACAGCGGGCGGUGGAGAGACAGGUCAGCUCCUCCAGCGAGCAUGAGCUCCCGCUGCUGUCCGGCUGAUGGACGCAAACGCACUGGCCGCGCCACACCGCCGCCUGCCCUGCCGCCCACCCCGCCCAAACCCGGGCCCCCCACUCACCCGAGAGACACUGGCAUUCCU